AUGGACGGGGUUUUCCUCUCGCCCAACGAGGAUGAGUUCGUGGGCAGGAUCACGGAGGAGCUGGAGCACUUCGUGCUGCAGGGGCAGCUCCACAGCGUGCUCCUGUUCCCUCCCCUGUCCAGUCGCCUCAGGUACCUGAUCCAUCGGACCGUGGACAGCAUGGAUCUCCUGAGCAGCUUUUCUGUGGGAGAAGGCUGGAGGAGGAGGACGGUGAUCUGCCACUCAGCUGUAAGGUGCAGUAGCUCUAACAGCACUUCUCUUUUCUAUGGCCACAGGAUCAGGAGGCCUCCCAGGAAGAAGCCAGAUAAAGCCCUGUACGUGCCCAAGGCGAUGCGCAGGAGGGAGGAAUGGGGCGAGCAGGAGAACGCGGUGGCCGCCGGCGGGGACGCGGCGCAGGAGGAAGAGACCUGCCCCAAAGAGACCGCCCGGGAGGAGCUGGGCAGGGCUGAAGGAAGCUCAGGUGAUGUCUCCUUGGCCUUUGGUGAGCAGGAGGAGGCUGGUGAAGGUAAAGCCCCAGCUGAAGCAGAAGAGCAAGAUUUGAGCUGUGACAACACUCUUAUACCAGAAGGUACCAAAAUCCUGUGCCAAGUGCAAGCUGAAGACCAAAGCAGCCGGAAUGCCGGCGUAUUGGAGCAUGCCAAAACCUCCUCCCUACCAGCCAGUAACUGCGGGGCAGACCCAGCUGAAGCAGAGUCAAGUGCAGGGUCACUGGUGCUGGAAAACCGGGAUAAGAGCCACACCACUGCCAAGAGCCUGGAAAGCAGCGGAAUCAUGUCACUGCCUGAAGAACAAGACAAGGACUUGAAUGCCAGCACCACGGAGGGAGGGGAGAGUUCCUCCAACCUGGAAAGCCCAGAGGAGUGCCCCAGUGUUGCCCAGGUGGAGCAGACCCAGUGCCAGAACCCCCCAGAAGCCCCAGAUGAGCCUCUCCCUGCAGCUGAGCCCGUGUAUGGUGCUGACCCAUCAUCUCCUGAGGACCAGACCGAGCGUGAGGCGGAUGCUCCGGUGCAGAACCGCAGCGAGAAGGUGCCCGUGGUGGCAGAGGAGGACAAGGAGCGUUCGGGCUUGGCUGAUGCUCUGUGGCACGAGCUGCACUUGUCUGCAGGGGACAGAGAGGAGAGCGUGGCUGUGCGCAGGAGGAGCAGCCUCGAGGACGACUGCACCGCAGAGCUCUUGGCAGAGAUUGUGGGUUAUUUAACUGUGAAGAGCAUAAGCAUUGAGAAGAUCAGCUUAGACUAUUCCAGCUACAGGGAUGCCCAGCUGAGCGAGGGGGAUUUUGGCCACGUUACUGAAAUCUAUGACUUCUCCCCGUCACUGAAAACAGAGGACCUGGUGGAAACGUUCUCAGACUUCCAUGAGAGCGGGUUCAAAAUCCAGUGGGUUGAUGAUACACACGCCCUGGGAAUCUUCUCCAGCCUCUCCGCAGCAUCUCAAGCCCUGGGGCGACGUUAUCCUGCUUUAAAGAUCCGACCGUUGAUCCAUGCCACAAAGCAGUCCAAAAUCAAGGCCCUUCAGCGACCAAAGCUCCUUCACCUGGCAAAAGAGAGACCCCAGACAGACACGGCGGUGGCCAAGCGGCUGGUGACCCGCGCCCUGGGCUUGAAGCACAAGCAGCAGGAGGGCUCAGGCACCGACGUGCUCCUGCCAGAAAGCUUGGACCAGGAGGAAUAA